CCCCUACUCUCCCUUUCUCCAAAUCGAACAACGCAGAGAGAGAGAGAGAGAGAUGUUGGAAUGGCUCAACACCGGCAAACCGGUUCGGAGCGGUUCGGGUUGCGGAGCCACCUCGACCAAACCGGACCGGCCGAUCCCCGGAUCCCCUACAAGCCCUCGAGGAUCCGCCGCUCCGCCGCGAAGCUCCACCACCACCACCACCGCCACCGCCUCCUCCCCUCCUCCUCCGCCUCCGCCGCCGCCCUCGCCGUAACCCUAGCGCUCGCCCUCUUCGUCGUCUUCCUCGCGCUCCGCCACCUCUCCGGCGACAAAGGAGCAGGGGACGAAUCGAGCGGGAGUUUCGAGUUUAAGUUUCGAUCGAAUCGAUCUAAGGAGCUCAAAUUUGGUCACGGAGUUGGGGGUCGGAUUGGGCGGGAUUCGAGGUAUUGGGAUGGAGACGAUCGGAGACGAGAUCAGGACUACAGCGAGGACGAAGCGCCCAAAAAGGAUCCGAUUUUGGAUAGCGGAGAGAGUGGUGCGGGGACGGUUACUGUGGAGGGUGAUAAGAAGGGGGAGGGGAGAGGUGGGAAUAAAGGGGUAUUGUAUAAUGAAGGAGGGAGGAAGGAGUUGGAUUCGUAUAAGGAGGAGUAUGAAACCUCCUUGAAGAAUGGUGUGAAGUUGGAUAAGGAUGAUGGAGUGAAAGAGGUUGUUGAUCCGGAUGAUGAGUACGACGACGGUAUCGAUGUGCAAGAUGAUCAUGAUGAUGAUAGUGGUGGUGGUGGUGGUGAUGCCAUUCAUGGUGAUUUGCGUGGGAGUGAGAAAGAUGUGUUUUUGGAUAAUACAAAUGAGAAAGCUUCGAGUAAGAUCAGCGGCGGUGGCAGCGUUCGAAAGAAAGGUGGGCAUAUGGGUGGUGAUAGUGUGAAGGUUUCCGGUUCUGAGAAGAAGUCGAGUUCGAAAAGAAAGCCAAAACACCACAAGAUUUCUGGUUCAACUUGUGAGAUGAAAUUCUUGAACUCUACAGCUCAAAUCGUAGAGCCUGUAGUGAACAAGAAAUUUGCUAGAUUUUCCUUGCAAUAUACACAAUUUGAAGACAAGCCAAGCGGGUCUGAAGAUUGGGAGCCGCGAUUCGCUGGCCACCAGACAUUGCAAGAAUGGAAGGAGUCAUAUCACGCCAAGGACCAAACGAUAAAUUGUGGCUUUAUUAAAGGUCCUGAUGGUUCUUCAAGUAUUGGAUUUGAUAUAUCUGAAGAUGAUAGAAAAUACAUGAGCAGUUGCCACAUUGUUGUGUCCUCUUGCAUCUUUGGUAAUUCAGAUCGCUUGAGAACACCAUUUGGCAAAACGAUCACACAUCUAUCAAGGAAAAAUGUUUGCUUUGUUAUGUUUUUGGACGAAAAUACAUUGCAGACUUUAGCAACGGAAGGGCAAAAAAUGGACAACAUGGGGUUCAUUGGUUUGUGGAAGAUUAUAAUGGUUAAAAAUCUACCUUAUGAUGAUAUGCGGAGGGUUGGGAAAAUACCCAAGUUUUUGGCACAUCGGCUUUUCCCUUCUGCUAGGUAUUCAAUCUGGCUAGACAGCAAAUUGCGACUUCAACGUGAUCCAAUUCUUAUUUUAGAGUAUUUCCUCUGGCGGCAUGGUCAUGAGUAUGCUAUUUCCAAUCACUAUGAUCGGCACUGUGUUUGGGAGGAGGUGUUGCAAAACAAGAAGCUGAACAAAUUCAAUCACACAAUUAUCGAUCAACAGUUUGAGUUUUACCAGUCCGAUGGACUGAAGAGAUUCGACCCCUCUGAUCCCAACAAGUUGCUUCCUAGUUAUGUUCCAGAAGGUUCUUUCAUUGUCAGAGAGCACACACCAAUGUCAAACUUAUUUUCUUGCCUAUGGUUCAAUGAAGUCGACCGUUUUACUCCUCGAGACCAGCUGAGUUUUGCAUAUACUUAUUUGAAACUUAGGAGGAUGAAUCCUGAGAAGCACUUUUACCUCAACAUGUUCAAGGAUUGCGAGAGGCGUUCCAUAGCGAAACUUUUCCAUCACAGAGCAGAAGAGAAGCGAAGUAGUUCUACACAGCAAGCCAGAUAGCAGGAGGUAUUAGGCAAGCAUUGGAGAAGAAAGAUGAAGCCGAGGUGGUUAUUUGCAGAGAGGCCCUUGGCUCAUUGACAUUUUGGCCAUUAAGCCCAUUAGUAGGACAGAAAUAUCGCUCUAUGAGCAGUUCAAGCUUAAAGUUCGGUAUGCAAUUGAUUAAGGCCAACUUUUCAGUGUCAUUAGCAGUUCAAGCUUGAAGUUUGGUAUGCAAUUGAUUAAGGCCAACUUUUCAGUGUCAUUGCACGAUAUUUUCGAUUAUCUUUCUUUUUAUUUACCUUUUUUACAGAGGCUGAUCUGAAGGUACUAAUUCUUGUAUUAUAUAGUUGUAUUAAUUAGCAAAAUUUUGCCUAUAAUGGUCCAAUCUUCCAUGUUUUAUGUAAUCAGAUUGUGGCACUCAUUAUAUAUUUCAAUCCUAUUGGAUGAUUACCAAGGCAAAAUGAUUCUCAGGA